GAAAACUGCAAUAGAUUAUUAGCGCUCAUAUCUUGCGGAUCUUUGGAAUAUAACUCGGACAACUCAGUAGUAGUCGUUGUCAUCAUCAUCCUCGUUGUCGUCAUUGUCAGCCGCCGUUAUUAUCGGUGUUAGUGUUCUGUACUCCUUUAAUAAUCGACAGUCGUUCACACGCGACGAACCUCGCUAGUUUAAUUCAACGAACGAUGGUGGUUCUCGAUCUUUUCGAAAAUAUAUCAUCGGUUCCGAAGCUUUAUUAUGGAGCUUUAUUCGGAAUUGGUUUCAGCUUUUAUUACCUUUUCGAAGUUGUUAAAACUCCAUUAUUGGUAUGUGCAAAAGGACCUUUCCGUUCAUUCCUAGAAGAUCACGUACCAUUGGUGAAAAACAAAUUUUGGCCAACCCUAUGGUGUUUCGAAUCACGAGCACAAACUGUACUUGCAAGUAUAGUUAGGUCACGUGUAUUACCAGCGAUACAGUACCGCAGAGAGAUAUACACAUUGUCCGAUGGUGGCGAAGUAGCUUUAGAUUGGGCCGAGGAGAACUGUCCAACUACGUCACCGAUAGUUAUCAUUUUACCGGGUUUAACCGGUGCAAGUAACACAGAAUAUAUCAAAUGUCUAGUAUCAGCUGCUAAAAAAUCUCGUAUUAGAUGCGUUAUAUUCAAUAACAGAGGAUUGGGUGGUGUUAAAUUAAAGACACCACGUACAUAUUGCGCCGCUAAUUGCGACGAUCUGGCAGAGAUAAUCGAGCAUUUAAAAAAAUUACAUCCUAAUGUUCCUCUCGGUGCAACUGGUAUUUCGAUGGGAGGAUUGAUAUUAGGUAAUUAUCUAGCACAAAAUGGCGAAGCUGCGAAAAAUAAAUUGAAGGGAUGCUUUAUCAUCUCAGUGCCUUGGAAUGUAUUCGCCGCGACGAAAAAUAUCGAAGAUAAUUAUAUUAAUUUAAUGCUAAACAAACAUUUAGCUAGCAAUCUUUGUCGCACGGUUAAAAAAUAUUAUUCCUCAUUGGAAACUGGUUUAGAAAAUAUUGAUAUGAACGACGUUUUACGCAGUCAAACCGUGCGAGAAUUUGACUCGAACUUUACGGCCAAGCAAUUUGGUUUUAAAGAUGUCGAAGAGUAUUAUCAGAAAGCAACAUUGCAUGACAAAUUGCAUUUAAUAGAGGUACCUGUAUUGUGCCUUAAUGCGGCAGAUGAUCCAUUUCAACCAUUAGAAGCCAUUCCAUUAAAUGAAUUUACUAAAACUGAAAACGUCGCCAUUGUGGUAACCUCGCGUGGUGGCCAUAUUGGGUUCCUCGAAGGUUUUUGGCCGGUAAAAGAGGAACAAUAUAUAAGCAAAUUAUUUUGCCAAUAUUACACUGCAUUAUUUACCGUUGGUAUGGAAUUAAUUUCUCAUUGAAAUAUUUGAGAAUCAUUGUUUUUUCAUUUUUUAUUAUUUAAAAACAAUCGAAGAGAGAAUUGCCGAUUUUAACGACUAUUAUUCGGAGGUGAUCAAUCAAGGUGCCAUUGUAAGUUAUUGCAUUUGUUCUUUUCUAAUCCGAGAUGCGAAAAUAAUUCUGUGCACCUUGAAUAUCUCUGUUAUAAAACUUGCAUAAAAUAGGGGGUGCAUAUUGCGAUACCUAUUUCUCAAUCGAAUGACUUACUUUUUUUUACCGUUUUACGAUAACCGGCGUUAAAACGAUUUCAGCGAAAUAUUAGUGAGUCAUUCAAGAUCAAAUAUAAUAGUAAAAUAAACUUCUUUACAUUUUUUACGUAAAAUGUUACAAAUUGUGAUUUAUUGCGUUAUUAUUAAGAUAAGACAUAUCAAUGUACAACGAAACGUUAACGUCUUUCAGCGAUACGAAAAUGACGGAUUUGCUUAAAGUGAUAUAAAAUUUAAAAAAAUAAAAAUAGAAGAAAAGAAAUAGGAAUCGCAAUAUACUAUCCUCCAUGCCAUGCAAGUUCUGUGCUAAACAUUUGUUUUCAUAUUAUUACAAAUAACAAAGAUAUUCAAGGUAGACAGAAAUAUUUUGAGAAUAAAUGAUCAGAAUGCAGAUCAUUUUUAUUCAUUUUUUCGUGCUCUAUAAGAAUAUAAAAAAAAUAUAUAAUUUCAUUUAAAAAAAAUCGAUAUAGAAAUAUCAAUAAUAAACAGAUAGACUUUUAUUAUCAUUGAUCAUUCAUAAAUUGCAUUUUAUAUACGUUAAAUACGAUUUAGCUGUACCAAGAAAACCGACUUUUUACAUGCAAUUAUUUUUCUUUGAGUUUUUAAUUGGACUAAGUUACGCAGAUGUUUAUCAAACCGCAAAUGAUAAAAAAAAUUAAUUAAACGUGAUACAAAGAUUUUAUUUUUUGUGAUUCUUAUUUAGCAAAAAAUUACUAAGUCUAAGUAACUAAUAAUUAUUAAAUAAGAAAUUUAAAAAAUUGUAAAAUAAAAAAUAGAAUAUACU